AUGUGUGCGCGCGCGCUCGUUUUCGCAGCCUCCGCGGCGGCGCUCGAGCUGCAAUUGCCGUGGAAGACGGCGCCAAAAAAGACGAAGUCUCUUGGCCAGGUCGAGGAGCUCACGUACGACGUCCCGCUCGCCAUCGGGACCUGGCAGGCCGGCAACAAGCUCCUCUACGACUACAGCCCCGAGCGCGACGAGGCGCUGCUGGCGGCGUGGUCCCUGGCGCGGGACCGCGGCGUGCGCUACUUCGACACGGGCGACUCCUACGGCACGGGCGACAUCGAGGGCAACGCGGAGCUGCUGCUCGGCCGCUUCGCCGGCGGCGGCGCCGACGCGUACGUGCACACGAAGCUCGCGGUCUACCCCUGGCGCCUGCGGCCCGACGACUUCGUGCGCGCCUGCGAGCAGUCGUUGAAGCGCCUGGGCGCCGAGCGCGUCGCGCUCGUGGGGCAGCACUGGUCCGCGGAGACCUACGGCCUCGGCGGCAUCCAGGACCCCGCGGUCUACGGCGGCCUCGCCAAGUGCUGCGAGCUCGGCUACGCGUCGGGCGUCGGCCUGAGCAAUUUAGGGCCCCGGGCCCUCGGCCGCGGCGUCGACGCCGUCAACGGUUUGGGCGCGCGCGUCGCGACGCACCAGACGCAGUUCUCGCUGCUCUGCCGCGCGCCGCUCGAGGACGGGUCCUUCGACGUCGCCGACGCCGCGGGCGUCACGACCGUGGGCUACUCGCCGCUGGCGCUGGGGCUCCUGUCGGGCCGCUACAGCGCCGACGCGGCUCGCAGCUUCGGCGACCGCGGCGCGGACGCGUCGGCUCUCCCGAAACUGCCGCGCGGCGUCCGCGGCUUCCUCUUCAGAACCCAGCUCCCGAAGCUCGCGCCCCUCCUCGACGCCCUCGAGCAGGUCGCCGCGGACCGCAAGGCCACGGUCGGCCAGGUCGCCCUGGCCUGGUGCCUCAACGCGCGCGGGCCCGGGAAGCCGCCGCCGCUGCCGCUCGUCGGCGCGCGGACGCCGGCCAUGGUCCGCGACGUCCUCGGCGCGCUGGACGUCAAACUCGACGCGGGCGACGUCGCGGGCCUCGCCGACGUCGCACGCCGGGCGCCCCAGGCGCAGAAGAACUCGUUUCAGACGAAGUAA